AAAAGAUGAAGCUAUAGAGCAAGCAGCGGACAUGGAAACCUCAGAUAAGUACUAUGCAAUUGCAGCUGUUCAAAGUGUAGUUGGACUUGAUGAUUGGGUAGAAGAAAUCACCGACUUACUGGAAAUGGAAGUCAAUGACGAGGUGCGCAUUAUUGGAAUCUGUGGGACUGAUGGAAUUGGCAAGACGACUCUUGCCAAUGCUGUGUACUCCCGCAUCACUUCUUGUUUCGACAGUUGUAGCUUUCUAGCAGAGGUGGAGGAAACCACACAAAAUCCUUGUGGUAUUCAGUUUUUGCAAGCUAAGUUGAUAUGUGAUAUCCUUGAACGAGAUGGUGAAGAUCCUUCUUUUGAUGAAAGAAUAGAAGAUUUCCUGGAUAUAUUUCGCGAAAUGAAAGUUCUAAUAGUUGUCGAUGACGUGGAAGAGCAAUCCCAUCUUCAUGCUAUUGUAGGAGACCAGCUUCAUUGGUUUGGUCCAGGUAGUCGAAUAAUUGUGACUUCCAAAAACGAGGAAAUUCUCGGAAAGUAUCACCACGAGAAGGCUCAUACCUACAUGGUUGGUAAGUUGGAUGAUGAUCAAGCCUUUGAACUUUUCUGUGAGCAUGCAUUCGGGAUGCAGUCUCCAAUACCAGGUUAUGAUGGAUGUGCAAACCGCAUUGUCAAUACUACAGAGAAACUUCCAUUAGCAAUUGAAGUUAUCGGUUCAUUUUUAAGGGGUAAAUCAAUAGGAGAAUGGGAAAAGAUGGAGGAGUUAAUAAGAGAAUCUAUGAGGAGUUGUCAAAAGACUAGGGUUGGCUUUGAACAGAUGCUGGAUAUAUGUUACGAAGGAUUAGAUAAACAGCAAAAAGAGAUAUUUCUGGACAUAGCAUGUUUCAUCUCUGGUGUGGAUGCCCGAAUUGCUUCACAUAUGUGGCCCAGUUCUUAUCGUCCAUCUUCUGGAUGCGUUCUGAUGCCCCUGGCAAGAAUUGGAGAAAACAAUGAGUUGCAGAUGCACAGAUUACCAAGAUGCCUUGGCAAAAGAAUUUUAAAGCAAGAGGAAUCUCAAGAUCCAGGAUCAAGAAGAUUUUGCACACAGGAUAUGGUUCUAAAGGCAACGAACAGGGAGACGGGAAUGGGAAACGUUGAAGCUCUCUGCUUUGACUUCAGAGCUGGAGAUUUCCAGAGCAUGCCAAAAAUAAGGUUUCUCAAGUUGGAUAAUGCCAAACUUUCUGGAGAUUUUGAAGGCGCAUUUCCAAGUUUAAGGGGGCUCUGUUGGCAAAGGUGUCCUCCGGAAUUUGAUGCAGAAAAUCUUGUUUUAGGAGAGUUGGCCCAUCUUAAUCUCUCUUGGAGCAAAAUAACGGAAGACUGGGGAGGUUGGAAGAAAAUCAAGAUGGAGAAAUUGGAAGUCUUGAAUCUUACCGGGUGUUCUGACUUAUUGUUCACUCCCGACUUCUCUGGUUACAAGAAUAUGGAAAUGCUGAUUCUCGAAGGCUGUUCUCGUUUGGUGAAGCUGGAUCCUUCGAUUGGCCAUUUGAAACGUUUAGUCUCCUUGAAUUUGAAGUUCUGCUCCCAAUUGAACAGAUUGCCUGUGGAACUCGGUGGCGCGACAGCUCUGAAAGAGCUUUUUAUUGACGGGACUUCUGUGCGGGAGAUCCCCAUCUCCGUAGGCAAUUUGAAGCAACUCGAAAUUCUCAGUGGCUUCCAGUGCUUCCCACUGACUCACCUGCCUAGUUCAAUUUGUUACCUGACUGCUCUCUCCGAACUCUCAUUACAUGGUGCCAAAAUUACUAAGCUCCCAAUCUCCCUGGGGCAGCUGCUUAAGCUAAGACGCUUGUCAUUGAGGGAUUGCCGUUAUUUGGAGGAACUUCCGAAUUCUAUCAGUAACAUGGUGUUGUUAGAGGAGUUGGAUGUAUCGUCGACUAGUAUCUCUAAAUUCCCCGAUUCAAUUGGAAAUCUGAAAAGUUUGAAAGUGCUGAGAAUGGAUUCUUCUUUCAUUCGAGCAUUUCCUGCGGAGGUUGGGAAUCUAACCAACCUUGAAGAGCUCCAUGCUUCCUGGUGUCUGAGUUUGAAGGGGGCCAUUCCCAGUAAUAUAGAGGGACUACGUAAUCUGAGAUCAUUGACGCUGGGGCACUCCAGUAUAUCUAGCCUACCCCCUGAAAUCUCCACCAUCCCUGGUCUUCACUCCCUGGAUUUAAGUCAGUGCAAUGAACUUGAACAGUUGCCGAGGCUUCCCCCUUCUCUGAUUCAUCUGCACGUGAGUUCUACAAGGAUGAAAGAUAUACCCCUUCUCGAAGAUUUAAAGGAAUUAGAGGAGCUGAGCCUAAGUGAUGGGCACCCGAAAGCACGCCGACCACCCUCAUCAAAACAGCCAACGUCAGAAUCCGAUGUGAUUGUCGAGCAAUCCUUCUCAGUUUCGUUUCCUAAACUGAGGAAACUAGAACUGUCUCUUUCGCAAGUUAUCAAGCUCAAGUUUGAGCCGACAGAUAUUCCUCCGCUCAAAAGGCUCAAAACGCUUACCCUGCCAUUUCCUGGUUUGAGCCGUAAAAAAGUAUCUGAGCUUCCCAAGAUGUUGUCAGUUUUCGAGCUUUACGACUCUGCAAUAGAAGAGAUUGAAGGGCUUGAAGGGCUUGAAGCCCUGAAGAGGCUAGAUAUCUCGAACUGCAAAAUACAAAAUCUCCAUGGGAUUGGCCAGUUAACCUCACUGAGAAGUUUGAUUCUAUCUGACUGUGAUGACCUCAGUUCACCUGAUCUUUCAAACUUGAAGUCGCUGAAAGUUUUAGAGAUCAGACGAUGCAAAAUGAUCCGUCAAAUUGAAGGCCUAGAAAAAUUAACAUCUUUGGAAAAGCUGAAUAUCAGUGAAUGUCCGGCUGAGAACUCGGUGCAAGUACAGCAUGCGUUGAAGCAUGUAAUGGCACGUUCCACGGUUGAGUGAUGCUGGAUUCUGCUCAGUUUUAACUGAUAUCUGCGCAUGCAUUCGCCCUGUUGAGGCAAGACAGGGGAGCAGCCCGCGGAAAAACUUGAUGGAGAAACAGGGAUAAGCCAAGAUGGCAAAUUUAUUGG